GAGUGAGAUUAUUAAAAAGAAUAAUAAAGAAAAAGAAUUUGAAAUUACAUCUCAUAAUAGUAAAUUCUUAUAUAAUAAUUCAAUUUUAACUAUUGCUAAACUUUAUAGAGAUGUUGAACAAUUUUAUUUUACUUUCUUUUUAGACUGGAGAGGAAGCGUUUAUUGCCAAGGGGGUGAAUUAAAUUUCCAAGGUGGUGAAUUAGCAAGAUCAUUAUUAUGAUUCAAAAAAGGUAAUGUAUUAUCUGAAAAUGGAUUAAAUUCAUUAAAGGUUUAUGGAGCAAAUGCUUUUGGAUUAAAUAAAUUAUCUAUUACUAAAAGAUUGGAAUGGGUUGAUCAACAUUUUUUAGAAAUCUUAGAUUUAAAUUCAGGAUUAUGGAGAAAAGCUGAUGAACCUAUGUUAUUUUUAGCUUUUUGUUUUGAGUUACAAGGUUAUAAUAAGGAUCCAUUAAACUUUAUUUCUAGAUUACCAAUUUAUUUAGAUGCAACAUGUAAUAGUGUACAACAUUUAGCUGCAAUGAUUUCUGAUUUUGAUCUAGCUAGUAAAGUUAAU